AUGAAUGCUGAUGCAUUGCAAGGACGAAGUGUUUCUUUCCACGGCAAAACACUUUCUUGGUACAGGCCCGUGACUCUAGCGGAAAUUUUGGAACUGAAAGAAAAAUUCCCGGAAGCGAAGAUCAUCGGAGGGAACACCGAAGUUGGCAAGUAUAAUUUCUCCUGGCGCCCUUUUCAACAAAGGCUGGAAGUGAGACAAAAAGGGAAUGAAUAUCCGGUGCUGAUCAGUUCAGAAGCGAUCAAAGAACUUCAUGUGCUCCAAGUUGUGGUUCUUGAUGAUGGCUCAAGAGCUGUUCGCAUUGGAGCUGCUGCCACUUUGUCGAAACUCGAGGAUUAUCUCAGAACAAUUGUCGCACAAAACAAAGAGUACGAGACGUCGACUUUCAAAACGAUCCUCGAAAUGCUGGAGUGGUUCGCGGGGAAACAAAUUCGAAAUGUUGCGCGAUUUGACGACAUCAGGAUGUCGGGACAACGUCACGGAUUCCUUGGGGUUUACAAACUCGCAGCUGACAGCAAUGGAAAAUUGCUGGGACUGGAUUUGAACUUGUUUUCGAAUGCUGGCUACAGUCAAGAUUUAUCUCCCUUUGUAAUGGAGAAAUCAAUGUUGGAUUGCACCAAUGCCUAUGAAAUCCCUGUCGUUCGAGUUCGUGGCAGAGUUUGCAGAACGAACUUGCCUUCAAAUACGGCCUUUCGAGGCUUUGGUGCCAUGCAAAGCAUGAUGAUCUGUGAGCAGUUCAUGUCUCACAUGGCCGAUAAACUCGGCAUUCAUCAAACCACGUUCAGAGAAAUGAAUUUGAAAGCCGAGGGUUGCAAGCUGUUUUACGGUCAAGUUCUGACCAAUGUGACGUUGGAGCGAUGUUGGAAGGAAGUGCUUGAAAACAGCCAAUUCAACGAACGAUUUUCCGCCUGCGAAAAAUUCAACAGGGAAAACAAGUGGCGCAAACGAGCCAUUUCCAUUAUCCCAGAAACCUACGGUAUUUCGUUCACGGCGUCGUUCAUGAACCAAGGUGGUGCAUUGGUGCAUAUUUACAAGGAUGGUUCUGUUCUUGUCACACAUGGCGGAGUCGAAAUGGGACAAGGACUGCAUACCAAAAUGAUUCAGGUGGCAAGCAGAGCCUUGAAAAUCCCGCCAAAGUACAUUCACACCUCAGAAGUGGGUACUGAUAAAGUACCAAACACAACGUCAACAGCUGCGUCGUUCAGUACUGACCUCAACGGACCGGCUGUCCAGCAAGCCUGUGAGACGAUUUUGAACCGCAUGGAGCCUUAUAUACGCGAGAACCCGAAAGGAAAUUGGGAGGGUUGGGUCAAAGCAGCUUAUAUGGAUUGUGUCAGCUUAUCGUCAACAGGAUAUUACUGCAUGGAUGGAGGCUGUUUAAUCAAUGGCAAACGUGCUUCCCUCUCACCAAAAGUCCUGGGACUCUUCGAGCUUAAAGACCCCGAGAAGAAAGGCCCGAGCAACGUGUAUCACUCUUUCGGAGCGGCGGUGUCCGAAGUUGAAGUGGAUUGUUUGACCGGCGAUCACAAGGUGCUGAGAACAGACAUCGUGUUUGACGUUGGCGACAGCAUCAAUCCCGCCGUGGACGUGGGUCAAAUCGAAGGCGGUUUCAUUCAGGGCUAUGGUUAUUGGAUGCUGGAGGACCUGGAAUUCGGACCCGAGGGACAAAUCAGGACCCUGGGGCCGUCUACAUACAAGAUCCCGUCGUCUCGGGACAUUCCGGAAGUGUUCAACGUGGCUUUGCUGAAAGGGGCACCGAAUCCUCACGCCAUUUACUCUUCCAAGGUAGCCGUUGGAGAACCGCCUUUGUUUUUGUCAGCCUCGAUUUUCUUCGCUGUGCGAGAAGCGAUUGCAGAAUACCGGAAGCAAAAUGGGAUUACUGCCCACUUCCAACUCGAUUCGCCGGCAACUUCCGAGCGGAUCAGAAUGCUUUGCCAAGACACAUUCACGGAAAAAGUAGAAAAAACGCAGCCAACAGCGGAUCCGAAAGCAAAA